AUGGGUCUUGAUCUCCCACCCAACGCUGCAUGGGUAGCCAAUGCUUUUGCUCCAGGAAAGAAGGCAGCCGCCACUUCUAUUACCACAAAGAAUGGAAAUUCGACGUUCGGCACUCCAGCUCCAGCUCCAGUCGUCCCCAAUCCCGCCAACCCUCCUCCAGCGGUAGCUCCACCAAAGCGCAACAAUGGCACUCCAUUCUCAAUGGCAGGUAGCCCAUACAAUCAGCCAUCAACCUUUUCUCCAACACUAGCUACUCACCUUCCACUGCCAAAGCGAAACAAUGGCACCCCAUUCUCAAUGGCAGGUAGCCUAUCCAAUCAACCAUCAACCUCUUCCCCAGCACUAGCUUCUCACCUCCCACCACCAAAGCGAAAUAAUGGCACUCCGUUUUCAAUAGCAGGUAGCCUAUCCAAUCAACCAUCAACCUCUUCUCCGACACCAGCUCCUCACCUUCCACCGCCAAAGCGAAAUAAUGGCACUCCGUUCUCAAUAGCAGGUAGCCUAUCCAACCAACCAUCAACCUCUUCUCCAACACCAGCUCCUCACCUCCCACCACCAAAGCGAAAUAAUGGCACUCCGUUCUCAAUAGCAGGUAGCCUAUCCAACCAACCAUCAACCUCUUCCCCGGCAACAGCUCCUCACCUUCCACCGCCAUACGUUCCAUCGUCCUUCCUUCCACCCACAGCGGCGGCUGCUCCAAUUCCAUAUGGAAAUAUUCCUUCCUACACCCCUUCUACCACCCCAUCUGCGUUCGCACCGACUUCCUCGUCUUCACUUCCCCAGGGGCCUUCGGCACCAGCACCAGCGCCAAUUUUCCCGGCUUCCUCUCUGUUUACCUUUCUUCAGCCUCCACAAGUCCCUGCCGCUGUCGCAUCCCCCGCGCCAGCGCCAAUGUUUGGUUCGGCACCUUUCUCCUUCUCCUUUGCCUCUCCUGUACCGGCAACAGCACCAGCACCGAAUUCUGUCGCUUCAAACUUCUUCUCUUCUGCACCUUUUGGGCAACCCGCACCGGCACCAGCAGUACCAUCGCUAAUGCCUCUUCCUCCUUACUUCCUCCAUGCACAGCAACAACCUCCCUCGCCAUUCUUCUCGCCGGUCUCGGCACCUAUCCAGUUCUGUCCUCAUCGACCCGCCGCUCCAAUUCCCGCCGAGACUCCUUCUCCUGGGCUUUUCUUUGAUCCAGAAAACCAGAGAAUCACAGAGGAAAUGGAUUGGUGUACAGAUGAAUACUCGCAGCAUAUCAAUAGCUUCGAGGAGAUGCAAUGGGAUCGAACUGACGAUUACUUAAUGGAUUGCUACGAUAUUUUAUAG